GCAGCGCGGUGUCCGGAGCCCUGGGCAGCCGGUGGGCUGCGGCCCCUCGCGGCAGCCCCCAUGGAUAAGUACAAAGCUCUCGAGCAGCUGCUUACAGAACUUGAAGAUUUUCUGAGGAUACUGGACAAGGAGAACUUGAGCAGCACUGCUGUUGUGAAGAAGAGCUUCCUCUCUGACCUGCUGCGGGUCUACACCAAGUCCAGCGGUGGCGAUGAGGAAUAUAUUUAUAUGAACAAAGUGACCAUCCAUAAACAGCAGGGCGACCAGGAAAAACAAGACAAAGGGCUGGAUCGGAGAAGCUCCUUGACCAAUGGAGACUCAGGACUGCAUUUGUCACCUCCUCAGAAGAGCCUGCCAGAGCUCCCCCCUCCAAAGAUUCCUGAAACAAAACAACCUCCAGUCCCCAAGAUCGAAUCUCCAGAGGGAUAUUAUGAAGAGGCUGAGCCAUAUGAUAUCUCUGUAAAUGGUCUGUUUGGUAGGCUUGCUGCGGCUGGACCAAGGCCAGGGUUGCAGGUUACUGAGGGCGUUAUUUAUGCCACAAUAACGAUGGAAGAUGGUGAAGCCAUUAGUAGCUCUUAUGAAUCUUAUGAUGAAGAAGAAAGCAGCAAAGGCAAGUCAGCUACCCAUCAGUGGCCAUCCACAGAGGCCACCAUUGAGCUGAUGAAGGACGCCCGCAUCUGUGCAUUCCUCUGGAGAAAGAAGUGGCUGGGACAGUGGGCAAAACAGCUGUGUGUUAUCAAGGACUCCAGGUUGCUGUGCUACAAGAGCUCCAAAGACCACAGCCCUCAGCUCGAUGUGAAUUUGCUGGGCUGCACUGUGAUUCACAAGGAAAAGCAAGUGAAGAAGAAGGAGCACAAGCUGAAGAUCAUCCCUAUGAAUGCUGAUGUCAUCGUGCUGGGGCUGCAGAGUAAAGACCAGGCAGAGCAGUGGCUCAGGGUAAUCCAGGAGACCAGCGGUCUGCUGUGUGAAGGAGGCACUGAAGGCAACCAGUACAUCCCAGAUUCACAGCGUCUCAGCUACCCAAAGGUGGAGGUAUCAGAGAAGUACUCUGCAGCCUCUGAGAGCGGGAGCAGCACGGACGGCCACCCAGAGAUGAUUGAGACAAAAGAUGUUAAGAAGAAAGGCUCAACUGGCCUGAAACUGAGUAACCUGAUGAACCUUGGGAGGAAAAAAUCCAGCUCCCUGGAUAGUCCAGAGAGGUCUCUGGAAACUUCGAGUUACCUGAAUGUGCUGGUGAACAGCCAGUGGAAGUCCCGUUGGUGUCAGAUAAAAGACGGUCACCUCCAUUUCUACCAGGACAAGAACCGAAGCAAAGUGGCUCAGCAGCCCUUGAGUUUGACAGGUUGUGAAGUUAUCCCAGAGCCAAGCCCUGAUCAUCUCUACUCCUUCCGUAUCCUGCACAAUGGGGAAGAACGGGUCAUUCUGGAGGCAAAGUCCUCGGAGGAAAUGGGCCACUGGCUGGGCCUCCUCUUGUCGGAGACAGGUUCGAAAACAGACCCAGAGGAAUUUACCUACGAUUAUGUGGAUGCUGAACGGGUUUCCUGCAUCGUGAGUGCUGCAAAGAGCUCCUUCUUCUUAAUGCAGAGGAAGUACUCUGAGCCCAAUGCCUAUAUCGACAACCUGCCCAAGGGCAGGGUGCAGCAGGAGGAGCUGUAUGACGACGUGGAUCUGCCAGACCUGCCUGUGGAAGAAGUACCCAAGACUGAGAGCAAAUUGGAGGGGGACCAAGACAGGGUGUACCUGGAUCUCACCCCAGUGAAGUCCUUCCUACACUGUGCUGGCAAGAAGUCAUGCCAGCCUUCACCCCUCAGCUCACCAUCUUUAGAAAGGGCUGCCAACAAGGUUGCAGCAGAGACCCCAGCUGAUACAGUCCUCGUGGCCAAGGAUGCCGAGCCCUGUAGCAAGGCAGUGGAGACCUCAGAGCAGAAACACCCAGAGACGCCAGAGCCUGAGGAGGCACCACCACGGGUGCCUGCUGUCAAAAUCCAGACGCAGCAGCAGAACAUCGCCUUCCCGCAGCCGGCCCCUGAGCCACCGGCGGGCACAGGCACCACGGGCAGUCCCCAGCUGCCUGCACACCGGCCCAAGAUGCCACUGCCAGUGGCAGCAGUGGAGACCAAGCUGGGCAAGAACAGGACAGAGGCGGAGGUGAAGCGGUUUACUGAGGAGAAGGAGCGGCUGGAGAAGGAGAAGGAUGAAAUCCGGGCUCAGCUCACCCAGCUGCGCAAGGAGAGGCGGGAGCUGAAGGAAAUGCUGGCAGGCAGCACAGACAAGAGCCUGGAACAGAAGCUGAAGGAGAUAGAAGAAGAAUGCAAAAGGAAGGAGAGCCGGAGGGUGGACCUGGAGCUAAACCUGGUAGAGGUGAAGGAGAACCUGAAGAAGGCAGAGUCCGGCCCUGUGACACUGGGCACUGCGGUGGACACCACACACCUGGAGAAUGCAGCCCCUCGGAUUCAGGCAAAAAGUGCCAGUCCAGCAAACAGCACAGAUAACUCACCAGUCAAUUCAGCAACAGCUUUAAAAAACCGACCUUUAUCAGUCAUGGUGACAGGGAAGGGAACAGUCCUACAGAAAGCUAAGGAAUGGGAGAAGAAGGGAGCUAGUUAGAACCACGUUUUUCAGAGAUGGACUAAAGACUGCGAGUUGCCCACACAUGGCUAAGGGGAUUUAAUCAUCUGUAGGUGGAGGCUGGAUGUGCAACACAACCACACAAGCACCUCCUCCAUGUCGCGCCAACUGCUCAGAGGCAGCAAUGGGGUAAAACAGCUGCCAAUACGAAUCAUCCCAAAUGAUCUUGCUCUUUCCAGACAAGGCCCAGUCACAUAGCUAAAACAAGAACAACCAGUGGCAAUCUUUGUAUCAGAUUCCUAGCCCAGUUGAUGUAAACAAGAAUGUUACUGUACAUAGGGGUGUUUUGUGUAUUUCUACUCCAAAGGUUUAUCAAUGAGUUAUUAAGGUUUCUAUAUUAGUGACAGUAGUGGGUUCAGAAGGGGCCCUCACUAUUCUUUAUAUCCUGGUGGUUUUCAACCUGUCGUGGUAAAUUGCAGCCAACUCAAGUCUCCCCUGUCUUGCUGCCAGUCACCACUCAGCUGCAGAUCACCCAGCCUUCAAGCCAAGGGUGAUAUCCACACCUGAGCAAUGAUUUAGACAUGAAUGAGAAGCACAUAGAAGCCUGCCCAGGAGAUUUUUUUAAUUGGUGUCCAAAUGCAUCCCAACAUGUGCUUACUCCUACAAGCCUGCUGCAACUUUGCCAGGAUAUCAAGGAAGAUCCCUGCUCACCUUCUUGUGAUGUAAGCUGUGUUACAGACUGGUGGCACCAAGAGCUCUGGUCAGAGAAGAUCUGCCAAGCAGAUUUGAUAAUUUCUUGAAGACCUUAAUCUACUUCACCUGAUGAGUUUGUGCUGAAAAAAAGAAAAAACAAAAACAAAAAACAAAAACAGUCUUAUUUGAAGGUUUGUUAAUAAUUUACCAAAGGCCAAGCCUGCUCAGCUGUUGGAUAAGGAAGCUGUACUCCAGUGUAUCCUUCAGGACUUGCCCUCUUUCAGGGGAGGUGAGAUAAAGCCAUUGCCAUGCUUCUAUCCUGGCUGUGAGCACCACUUUGCUGAUGCUCCCUGGUCCUCACAGAGCCACAGCUCUAGAAUCUGCUGAAGACAUUCCCCAUGGAUAGGGGUCUUCUCCAGGCCUGGACAGUGAGGUUGCACCCCCAUGUCUCUGGUGGGCUACUGCCCCUCUUGGUCCUGUCACCCUUAUUUCCAAGUUAUUACAUUUAACAUAGCCUUUGGGCCAUGGCAGUGUGACCCACAAAGUGCACCCCCUCUGCCCUAGCCCAGCUUUCUCAUGGAAGUUGUUGGAUGUUUGGGACUACUAAACUUGGAGACACUGAAAUUUGAAAGGGUGUAGGCAAGUGUCACCAAACCAUGCAUGCUCUACUCCCUCUUACCUGCUGUCAUGUCUGAUGGCCUGGAGGCAAAGCACUUGUUCAGGGCAUCCUGGAGGCAAGAAAGGUGCCCUUGCUUCCAGUUUUACCUUGAAAAGUUUACUUGGCUGUGAUAUAAAUGGAGGAAUUUGCUAAUCCAGGGCCUCAGGAGUUCAUCUGCCCCAGCUGUCAGGCCUGUCCCUGUGUGACGUUUGCAGAUAGGAAGAACUCAUGCAAAUAAACCACUGAAACUUCUGGUUCAGGAUCCAAGGGACUUUUCAAACCCCACAGAGCCUGUGGACCCCAUUAAGCUUUUGUUUUGCCCCAUCAUGAGCUGGCAGGAGCCCCCCCCUUCUACACCUGAAAUAUAUGUGUAGUGUCAUGCCCUCACCAUACACCCUGCUGUCAUCCUCCAGAAGUUGUCCAGACAUUUCACAGUAGUACUGAGACAGCCAUGGACAAGAGCAGCUCUGCUUUCCCCACCGCAGCCCAGUCACCUUCGGUGAUCCUGCUGGGAUAGCUCAGUCCAGGGAUGGUAAAUGUAGGGAAGUCCUGAGCAACACCCAUUCCCCAGACAAGACCCAGUAAAUAAUGUGCCUGUGUCCCCAUUGUUCUCCUAACUCAAGGCAUUUCCUUUGUUGCAACUGUGACCUAUAAAGUGGCGCUUUAGAGGGUUUUAUAAUAAAAUAUUGAGUAUAUUACGUUACCAGUGUUU